ACAACGAGGACCAACUUUGUUGGAAGAUUUAGAACUUCGUGAAAAAAUAACUCAUUUUGAUCAUGAGAGAAUCCCUGAACGUGUUGUUCAUGCUCGUGGCUCCGGAGCCCAUGGUUAUUUUCAGUCAUAUGGUGAUUGGUCAAAUUUGACACGUGCCAAAUUUUUACGUGAUCCAUCAAUUAAAACACCUGUAUUCGUUCGGUUUUCAACUGUUGCCGGUCCACGUGGUAGCUCCGAUACCGUAAGAGAUGUUCGAGGAUUUGCCUCCAAAUUUUAUACCGAAGAAGGUAACUUCGAUCUCGUAGGCAAUAAUAUACCAAUCUUCUUUAUUCAAGAUGCUAUUAAAUUCCCGGAUUUAAUUCAUGCUGUUAAAGCUGAACCCGAUCGAUCAUUUCCGAGUGCUGUACAAAUAGAGCAAGAAAAGCUAAGGGGGAAGUGUGCUAAAUAA